CUAAAAAAACCGAGGAAAGCCCCCCUCUUUCUUGUCUUCUUGUUUUGCUGCUGCCACUACUGUGCUACCGAUCUCCGGUCACCAACAGGUUAGCUAAAACAAGAUCUGUAAUCAAUUUCAGAUGCUGUCAUCAUCUUUGGUUCUAAUCCCUGUGAAUAUCAGCUUAUGUUUUUAUGUUGGGGGUUUCGAUUUGAACUCGAAGGUAUUUGUUACUAUCACACACCCAACAUAUCAAGCUUCUUAUGAUUAUUACUAGUUAUUGCCUUCGCUUAUUGCCUAUUUGCGGGUUCUGAGCUUUAUUUUGAUUUUUAAAUGAUGUGUGAGCCAAAAAUUUGGCUUUCUGGUUUUGCCGUGGUGUUAGGCUUAGUCAACUGGUAAUAGAUACUGUUCGAAUUGAGAUUUCAGUUUCUGCUGUAGCCUGCUUUUCUAUCAGCAUCUUUGAGGAUUAGGGUUUGGGUUCCAAGAAUGAACAGUUCGGGUUUGGGUGGUGGUUUUUUGUCUGGUCCCAGCGGGGAGAUUUUGGACUUGGAAUCUCCAUUUCACAGACAGCAGCACACCCAAUUGGGUCAUCCAUCAAUAACUGGUCAACAGCACAUGAAUAUGAUGAGUGGUCUUGAAAGUGAUCACCCCAUUGGCCUAAUUGAAGUGAAAAGUUUGAAUGCGGCAUUGAAUUUUGGUAAAGGAAAGGCAGUCGCUCCUUCCAAUAGUAAUGAGUUGAGUGAAGAAGAUGAGCCUAGCUAUGCAGAAGAAGGGAAUUGUGAGAACCUGGAUGGUGGGAAGAGCAAAAAGGGGUCACCUUGGCAGCGAAUGAAGUGGACAGACAAUGUGGUUAGGCUUCUGAUAACAGUGGUGAGUUGUGUGGGUGAUGAUGGCACAAUUGGUGGCAUGGAUUGUCAUAAAAGGAAAUCUGGGGUUUUACAAAAGAAGGGCAAGUGGAAAACGGUCUCCAAGAUAAUGAUAGGCAAGGGUUGCCAUGUGUCGCCGCAGCAGUGUGAGGACAAGUUCAAUGACUUAAAUAAGAGAUACAAGAGGUUAAAUGACAUACUUGGAAGGGGAACUUGUUGUCAGGUGGUUGAGAAUCCUGUGCUGAUGGAUUCAAUGCCUAACCUGUCAGCUAAGAUGAAGGAUGACGUUAGGAAGAUAUUGAGCUCAAAGCACUUGUUUUAUAAGGAGAUGUGUGCUUACCAUAAUGGGCAAAGGAUACCAAACUCUCAUGAACUUGAUUUACAGGGUUAUUCUCUAGAGCAUGGGAGAGACUCCAGAGAUAAUAAUGGAUCUGAGGAUGAAGAUGAGGAUAACAAUGAUAGUGAGGAUGAUGAGUCAGAUGAUGAAAUUAAUAUUAAUGCACAUGAGGAUGGGGGGAGGAUGCAGCAGCUAUGUGAUAGAAAUAAGUUAAGUGAGGAGGAUGUCCAUUUUGGUCCACAAACUUCUCGGAUGGAUAAAUUUGAGGUUGAAAUGGCAAGGGUUUUUCAAGACCCCACAAAGUCAUUGCAUGAACAAAGAGAGUGGAUUAAGAUCCAGAUGCUACAGCUUCAAGAGCAAAAUAUCAGCUACCAAGCCCAAGCUCUUGAACUUGAGAAACAACGGCUUAAGUGGUUAAGAUAUUGCAGCAAGAAGGACAGGGAGCUGGAGAAGCUGAGGUUGGAGAACAAAAGAAUGAAAUUAGAAAAUGAGCGCAGGAUCUUGAAACUGAAGCAGAAAGAGCUUGAGGCAGAUUUCAGUACAUCUGAGAUGUCUUUAGACCCUGCCUCUCUUGGAAUCAACCGGCCACAAGGGAGGGAACAUAUCAGCUUAGGCAGACAACAAUAGCUCCUUCUCUGAAAGAAUUGGUCAUUAUUGCUUAAAUGAGUGUUGGGCGUUAGCGACUGUGCUGUGAAGCGUAAAUUCAUUUGGAAUGUGAAGAAAUAAAUGUUUUGCUCAACUAGUUGCUCGCCUUACCUCAUUUAAUCGUUGUAUAUUGGCAUGUGGGAUUUUGCCAGUGACACAGAAAUAGAAGAAUGUUGCUCUAAAGGCACUUGAGCUCUCAUUGGUUCUCAAUUCAUCAUUGACGUGGUUUGAACUUGUCUUUUGUCAACAUAAUUGUAACUGUGUUACAUACUUACAUUUGUAUCCACAUACCACGUGCGUUAUUUAAUUUUUGGCUUUGCAGCUGUAUAUUAUACCACAAGUGUAUGUCACCAACUUUGUUGUAACUUUGUUACAUUAAGUAGCUACAUGAAGUAUGCUUGAUUCAUUUUUAGCUAUGUAUUUUCCAAAGGACGUUCGUAAAA